AUGGACGGGGCGCUCGUGGCGACAAGUUCUCUCGCUGCUGCUGCUGCUGCUGUUGGCGCUAUGGCCACUUGCUUUCCACAGGCGUUAGCGCCUCUUGCUCUCAUGGUCGGUCUGCCUAUGGCCAUAUACGGCAUCAUUGCACUACUGGAGAUGAUGAUCGUGAGCACCAAGCGCAGCUGGAUGCAGCAAAGACGGAGACAAGCGCCGCGCCGUGUCUUAGAGCUGAGUCGAGUCUUGUACGAACAGCUGGACGGCGAGCUGCUCGAGCUGCUCAUGAGCAAUCGGAACUUCGAUAGCAAUGACUACGAGCGCUUGAUGCGACUCGAAGCAAUGAACGGACGUCCAACUGUUGGUGCUACGCUGCAGCAGGUUCAGCAGCUGCCGGUUGUUACAGUGACAGCGAGCAUGGUGCAAGCGUCCGAGAACGCCAGUUGCCCAGUGUGUCUGAGUGCGUUCCAAGUCCACAGCCACGUGCGGCUCCUGCCGUGUUUCCACCGCUUCCAUCUCGAAUGCAUCGACCCUUGGCUUCUGGAGAAACCCCAAUGUCCAGUCUGCAAGUUCUCUGCCAUCGUCUAG